AGUUCUGGCCCUUUCCGGUUGCCCAGCAGCACUGCCGGUGGGGGUAGUGGUGGACUUUUCGGCACCAGCGCUAAGCCAAAACCCUUUUAUUCGACUGGGCUCUUUGCAGCACCCAUUCUAGGCAGGACUGUUUUCGGUUCUGCUUCAACCGGCACAAGCGGCAGCACAGUUGGCGGCGGUGAACUGUUCGGCUCCUCUUCUAAUACUUCUGCGUCUGGAGGUGUCGGCCUACCUGGUCCUUCGACAGCUUCUUUCUCUUCCGGUGAUAUUUUCAGUUCCACUGCCCCGGUCAAUUAA